AUGGCCCUCCUCAGACCCCUCUCGACACCAUCACUCUACGGCGGCGAACCGAAGACGGCCCCCGCCGCUGCCACGGACGGCCGAAGUGCAAUGUCCCCCAUCUUUCUCUUCCUCCAGCACUUUCUCCGCCCCCCAUCGCCCCCGCCCCCGCCCAUGCCCCGCCUCUACCCUCCCGCCACCUCCCCCAGGGCCCACCAAGGCCCACUGGGCAACAUGACCACGCUCGACCCGCUCCCGACCGACAUCACAGACAUCAUCUUUGACCAUCUCAUCGAGCUCAUCCCCCUCACUCUCGCCGUCCUCUCCAAAGCAUGCUACAACAAGCUUGUGCCCCAUAUCUACAAGACCGUCAUCAUCCGCAAAGCCAACGCAUGCCGCGUCCUGUACGGUAUGUGUCUCGAGCAGACCGCCGAGCUGCCCUACCCAUACGGCGGCCUGUUGUUUGGCAAACGCAAAGCCAAAGCAUUCGAGCACACCAAAAAGGUCGUAUUCAAAGAUAUCUGGGCUGCAGAAGCCCUCGUCCUCGCCUCCCGCGAAUUCCCCACCCACGAAUUCGGCUUCAUGGCCACCGAAAACUCCUACCCCCUCCUCUUCCCACACACCACCCACCUCCUCCUCGGCAAAGCCCUCCUCCGCUCCCUCCCCGACUGCGCCCGCGACGUUAGCAUCGCCGAGCAAAAGCGCUGGGAGACCAACCACGUCCUCCGCUUCCAAGACGGCGCCACGCAGAAAGACAAGUGGGUCGAGCAUUUCGGAAACUGGUUUGUGACCGCGGGCGAGUUUGAGGAUUUGCUUUUCCGGAUGGUGGACCCCGAGGUGAUCUGCUUUGAUAUGCAGUAUGUGGAGUGCGAUGGGAAUUCCAUGUCGGGCUCGAGGGUCACGGAUGCUAUAGGGCUGCAUCGCCCGAAGGGGCGGGUGGUGAUACAUUGGUUCUUCUACUCGGCGGAGGAACAGCGCCCGCUGUUUGGCGAAAUCGCAAUGUCCACCCCCAUCACCAUCAUCUUCCAUACCUCCCCCCCUCCCAACGAGGCAAUCACAGACCCCGAAAUCGCCCUCGCCCACUCCAUCUUCACCUCCUUCACCCCCCUCCAAGCCGCGCGCGAACUCGCCCUCGCCGUCGACCGCAUGAUUGAGGAAAUCCUCAAUUUCACCGACAUCAUCUCGGACGACAGGCUGCCGGGGGAGGAAGAGUGCGAGACGUGUGAGAUUGAGUUGGUGUUGCCGCAGGCGGAGGAGGUGAGGAGGAUAUGGAAGUGGGAAGGGAGGGAGGAUAGGACGGAGGAGGUGGUGGAGUUUACAGAGACGUGGGAGAGGAUUGUCAAGUUUAGGGAUGUGCAGGAGGUGGGGGCUUGUGAGGCGUGUGGGAGGAGUGGGUGAGUUGGAGAUGUGGAUGGACGAUAUAGGGAGGGUGCAGGGAUACCCGGGAUCGCAGGGUUGACUCCGUCAUGAAAGACCAUGCAAUGUCGCCUAUCCACCGAUACUUCCGAUCGCGCCGUCUGUGCCAGGUGCCAAGGGGGCCAAAUGGAGUCGGAACAAAGUGAAGAUCUGGCCAUGAAAGAGGGCGUCGAGCCGGUCCAGCUGUUCAAAUCAUCGCAUAGCAACACCACAAUAAGCCUUGGGCGUCAGCGCGUGGAGACGAAUGUGGGAUGUAGGACGAUGACGUGUGUUGUAUGGAUGGUCCGUGUCAGAUCUUUCUUUCUGUAUUUGUUGUCUUCUUUUUCGUACUUGUGUUUGUCAGAGCAGAACCGUCUUGUAGCAUCUCCAUAAUCAUCAAUCUUACGAAGUUCAUGCAUUGCUCCUGUUGCCGC